GCGGGCCGGGUGCGCACCCCAGACCCCCGACGCCUGCCACACGGACAGACCCUCUGAGACCAUGCCGCGCCCGGCCCCCGCGCGCCACCUCCCUGGACUCUUCCUGCUGAUCUGGCCGCUGCUGCUGCUGCUGCCUCUCGCUGCCCCCGGACCCUUGACCCUCCCGAGCUUCCGGAGAUUGGGGCACCGCGGCCACAGGGGCAGCCCUGGACGCCGUCCGGCUCUCGCAGCUCCCCACCGCGCGCCCCAUUCCGAGGCCGGCGUGCCUGGCGGCACCCGCAACGCAGGUAUUUGCAAGAGCAGGCCCUUGGACUUGGUCUUCAUCAUUGAUAGUUCUCGGAGCGUACGGCCCCUGGAAUUCACCAAGGUGAAAACCUUUGUCUCCCAGAUAAUUGAUACUCUGGACAUCGGCUCGGCAGACACACGGGUGGCAGUGGUGAACUAUGCUAGCACUGUGAAGAUUGAGUUCCAUCUCCAGAACUAUUCAGAUAAGCAGUCCCUGAAGCAGGCUGUGGCACGAAUCACACCCUUGUCAACAGGCACCAUGUCCGGGCUGGCCAUCCAGACAGCAAUGGAUGAAGCCUUCACUGUGGAGGCCGGAGCACGAGGGCCCACCUCCAACAUCCCUAAGGUGGCCAUCAUUGUGACUGAUGGGAGGCCCCAGGACCAGGUGAAUGAGGUGGCGGCUCGGGCCCGGGCGUCUGGCAUUGAGCUCUAUGCUGUGGGUGUGGACCGUGCAGAUAUGGAAUCCCUCAAGAUGAUCGCCAGUGACCCUCUGGAUGAGCACGUCUUCUAUGUGGAGACCUAUGGGGUCAUUGAGAAACUUUCCUCUAGAUUCCAGGAAACCUUUUGUGCUGUGGACCCAUGUGUGCUUGGCACACACCAGUGCCAGCAUGUCUGUAUCAGUGAUGGCGACGGCAAACACCACUGUGAGUGCAGCCAAGGAUAUACCUUGAACGCGGACAAGAAAACAUGUUCAGCUAUCGAUAAGUGUGCUCUUAACACUCACGGAUGUGAGCACAUCUGUGUGAAUGAUAGAACUGGCUCUUACCAUUGUGAGUGCUAUGAAGGUUACGUCCUGAAUGAAGACAGGAAAACCUGCUCAGCUGAAGACAAAUGUGCUUUGGGUACCCACGGGUGUCAGCACCUUUGUGUGAAUGACAGAAAUGGGACCUAUCACUGUGAGUGCUAUGAGGGCUAUGCUCUGAAUGCAGAUAAGAAAACAUGUUCAGUCCGUAACAAGUGUGCCCUGGGCUCUCAUGGGUGCCAGCACAUUUGUGUGAGUGACGGGGUGGCGUCCUACCACUGUGAUUGUUAUCCUGGCCACACUCUGAACGAGGACAAGAAGACGUGUGCAGCCAUCGAAGAAGCGCGAAGACUUGUUUCCACUGAAGAUGCUUGUGGAUGUGAAGCCACGCUGGCAUUCCAGGACAAGGUCAGCUCUUAUCUCCAGAGACUGAAUACCAAACUGGAUGACAUUUUGAAGAAGUUGCAAAUAAAUGAAUAUGGACAAAUACAUCGUUAAAAUUGAUCAAGUUUCUCACCUGGAAAUGUGCACAACCUGGUGCAUUUAGUAUUCUUUCAUUUUUUUGUAUACUGUAUCUCCAAUGUUCCUGCUAAUAAUUUGCCAUUACCCUGUAUAAAUGCUUGAAUAUUACUGGAUAAAUAGCAUGAGGAUCUUCUGGAGAACCAGCGUCAUUUUUCCUGUACCAUUAUUUCUAAGGAAAUACAUUUGUAGAUCCUUCCAAAGAGCCAACUUUAGUGUCUCUAAACAAUGACUGUGAAAUGGCUGGUAGGAAAUAUUAAUGAAUGAAAAG